AGUCUUCGGUGGUUUUGGUCCUUUUGGGGGGAGGGAGAGAGAGAGAGAGAGAGAAAGAGAAAGAGAGAAAGAAGUGUUCAAGUUUGGAGGAUAUGCUUAAACUUAAGACCGCUUUAUCUGAAAAUUUGGUUGCAGAAAGUCGUCUGGUUCGCUUAAAAUAGCUUUGUCUUUUGCUUCAUUUGCAUUCAAUUCUCCCUUGCUCUCUUCUGUCCUGUUUCUCAGUUUCUAUCCUCUCCUCAACCUCUUGCGCUUCAUUAAUCCUAACCGACCCCUUUUCUCUCCUCCCUGUCGAUCUCUUUUCUUCUCUUUUCACAUCUUUAGAGCCAUCCCUCUAGCUCUAUUUAAACCACCGUUGGAUCACUGCUAUGGUCAUCAGUCAUCAGAGAAAGCAUCUGAUCAUACAUAAUAGUAGCCUUUUAGGAAAUUUCAGGGAUUUUCGCUAGACUUAUGGGGUUUGCAAGAGCUCUUGUUGAAACUUCAACUGAGCAAGAAAGCAAACUUUUUGUUGGAGGAGCUUCUAACUCCAUUAACUCUUCUCCUUUCAUGGCUUCUUCCAACAAAACCAACAACCACACUACUCAAAUAGUGCUUGACCAACAACAACAUCAAUCACCAGUGCCAUCACAGAUUCAUCCAAGUCAUCAUCAGCACCUUCAUCAAGACCAUCAUGCUCAUCAUCAUCAGCAUCAGCAUCAGCAUCAUCAGCAGAAUAUUAAUCAGAUUUCUUUUGGCAUGAUGCAAUCAUCUUCAUCAGCCAUUCCUGGCAACUUCAUAAGCAAGGAUACUGGAGCUUAUGAUUUGGGCGAAUUAGAUCAAGCCCUUUUUCUUUACCUGGAUGGCCAAGAACCCUCGGCAAUUCAAGAGCAAAGACAGAACUCCGGGAUGAGGCCUCCAACUCUAAACAUUUUCCCUUCUCAGCCCAUGCAUGUAGACCCCUCAUCAGCAAAGGCAAGUACCGGAUUAGUUUCCAAUUCUCCAUCUAGCAGCGGUUCCAAGAGAUCAUCUGAGCCGUCCAUGGAGUUAUCAAACCCCAGAAAUGAUGUUGCUUCUGCACCUGAACCAGCAAAAGCUGUAAAGCGUGAGGGAAACCGCAGAGGUCCAACUUCAAGUUCAGAGCAAGAAGGACCAAAGACACCAGAUCCUAAGACACUGAGGAGGCUUGCUCAGAAUAGGGAGGCAGCCAGGAAAAGCAGACUUAGGAAAAAGGCUUAUGUUCAGCAGCUAGAGUCAAGCAGGAUCAAACUUACUCAAUUAGAACAGGAAAUACAAAGAGCUAGAUCUCAAGGAAUUUACUUUGGUGGAGCUGCUGCCCUUCUAGGCGGUGACCAAUCCAUGCCUGCUCCUAUGGGCAACAUAAGUUCAGUUGCAGAUGCUACCGUCUUCGACAUGGAGUAUUCACGAUGGCUGGAGGAGCAUCACCGCCUAAUGUGCGAACUUCGAAAUGCAGUGCAGGAGCACUUACCUGAAAACGAGCUCAGGCUUUUCGUCGACAACUGUUUGGCUCACUAUGACGAGGUGAUGAAUCUCAAAAGCAUGAUCGCCAAAUCUGACGUUUUUCAUCUUGUUUCCGGCAUGUGGAAGACUCCUGCUGAGAGAUGCUUCAUGUGGAUGGGAGGUUUUCGCCCAUCGGAGCUCAUCAAGAUAAUAAUGAGCCAAAUUGAGCCAUUGACAGAACAGCAACUCCUGGCAAUAUGUGGAUUACAGCAGUCAACACAGGAAGCUGAAGAAGCCCUCUCUCAAGGACUUGAAGCUCUUAAUCAGUCCCUCUCAGACACCAUUGCUUCUGAUGCCCUGAGCUGCCCUUCGAACAUGGCUAACUACAUGGGCCAAAUGGCUCUAGCCAUGAACAAACUCUCCACCCUUGAAGGUUUUGUUAGACAGGCUGAUAAUCUGAGGCACCAAACAAUUCAUCGCCUGCAUCAGAUCCUGACAACCCGUCAAGCUGCAAGGUGUUUUCUGGCGAUAGCCGAGUAUUUCCAUCGCCUCCGUGCUCUCAGCUCUCUUUGGUUGGCUCGUCCUAGGCAGGAAUAAGAAGGGAAGAAAGAAAAAGAAACCCUAGCUAGUCAUCACCCAUCUUAGGAUGUUCAGCUUUUUAUCUGUUUCAUGAAAAAUAUUUAAUGUUUCUAAAUUUUGUCAUUUUCGAUAGAGAUGUAUAGACUAUAGAUAGACAAAAUUAAGGUGGCUAGCUAGUUUUUAAAUUACAAUAGUAGAAGCAAACUCUUUUUGUACCUCGGUGUUUUUCUCUUUCUGUGGUUCGCUUUUGUCUUUGUUUUCGUC